CACAAGAGAAACCAGCUAUCGUGGGGGGAAGAGGACAGAUGCUCCAGGCUGCUAAUCUGUGACAUGGAAGACCCAGGUUCAGUUCCCUGCUCCACUACAGGUUAUCUGUGAGAUGAUGCGCAAGUCGCUUAAGCUCUCUGUGCCUCCCCUCCCAUCUACAAAUGGGGGAUAAUGUAUCAAUGCGUAAGUCACAGAUAGCCUCAAGAGUCAGCCAUGACAGACACGAUGUUUGGCAACAGUACCGAUCGGUGGAUGUGUCCAAAUAACAGGCCGAUGUCCCUCAGAGCCAAUGAAAAGGAACAACUCCCUGCUGGAUGGUUGUUACGUGGAAACCAGCCAGAAAGGCAACAGAAAAAUGAAGAGCUGACAGAUGAAGAGAAGGAGAUCAUCAACCGAGUAAUAGCUCGAGCAGAGAAAAUGGAAGAAAUGGAGCAGGAGCGUAUUGGGCGUCUCAUGAACCGUUUGGAGGACAUGCGCAAGAAUGUGGCUGGCGAUGGGGUCAAUCGCUGCAUCCUGUGCGGAGAACAGCUGGGAUCAGCUUGUGUCGUGUGUGAGGACUGCAAAAAGAAUGUCUGCACAAAGUGUGGCGUCGAGGCGACCAACAGCCGCCCUCAUUCCAUCUGGUUGUGCAAGAUCUGCAGCGAGCAGAGAGAGGUGUGGAAGCGUUCGGGGGCCUGGUUUUUCAAGGGCAUGACCAAGCAAGUGCUGCCUCAGCCAAUGCCCGUCACCAAGAACAAGCCGUCGCAAGUCCCCGGGGAACCUGCCUCCUUGGGGGAACCUGCUCAGGACCCGAAACUUCACUCUCGCACGCUGAGCCGAGGCCAUACUGAGGCUGGAGCCCCUGCCGAACAGGACUCUUAUGGUGGCCCUGAGGAGAAGAGGGGAGUGGGCAGGAAACCAGUCAAAUCCCGCGACCCCAGCCACGAUUCUGAACGUGGCUAUAGUUCUGAAGAAGAGAAUCCUGCUGCCUCCAGGGGAAGGAAAGGGAUGAGACAAAGGCCAGAAGCAGGCAGUGAACCAACAGCUGCUGCUUCUGGCCGGGGAAGCUACCCACCUCCUAGCCGCAAACCGUCUGAGGUCAGAAUGGCUCCAAGUGGCAGCGAGUUUGCUGGCAGGGUUGCUGAGAACUGGGAGUACGCAGCGGAAAGUGAAGUCAACCGGAGCCCUGGAAGUGUAAAACGUGCCAAUUCCAUUCAAGCGUCCAGGCCUCCUCCAGUGACUAGUCAGAGCUCUGUUGCCCAGGCUACUCAGCCAGCUCCUCCAGUGAGUGGCAGACAAGAGCCCGGGCCUGCUGGGAGAUAUCCAGAAAGACAAGUGAGCCAGUUGAUGGGCCCUCCCCAGAUAGACCCGGCCUAUUCAGCAGCAGCACCCAGGGAUGAGAGAGGAGAUGGCGGUGGUUACUCGAUGCCUGCAGCCAGAGAGGAGAGAGCUAUGCGCCAGCCUGCCCCAUAUAUGCAAGCUGCCGCUCCGCCUGCGCCACCUGCACGUCAACUCCCGCCGCCUCAGGAUGACGAAGAGGAUGAGGCCAACAGCUAUGAUUCUGAUGAAGCAACCACGCUGGGGGCUCUGGAGUUCAGUCUGCUCUACGACCAGGAGAAGAGCUCUUUGCACUGCACUCUCAUCAAAGCCAAAGGCUUAAAACCAAUGGACUCCAAUGGUUUAGCUGAUCCUUAUGUAAAGUUGCACCUAUUGCCAGGAGCCAGUAAGUCAAACAAAUUGAGGACCAAGACUCUGCGCAACACUCGCAACCCCGUAUGGAAUGAGACACUGGUGUAUCAUGGCAUUACGGAUGAAGAUAUGCAAAGGAAAACACUCAGGAUCUCGGUGUGCGAUGAAGACAAAUUUGGCCACAAUGAAUUUAUCGGUGAAACUCGAGUUUCUCUGAAGAAACUCAAAUCCAACCAGAAAAAGAACUUCAACAUCUGCUUGGAGAGAGUAAUACCGAUGAAGCGGGCUGGAACGACCGGAUCCUCUCGCGGGAUGGCGCUGUACGAAGAGGAGGUAGACCGCGGUGGUGAUGUGGAAGAACGAGGAAAGAUCCUUGUGUCCCUCAUGUACAGCACCCAGCAGGGAGGCCUAAUUGUUGGCAUUGUCCGUUGUGUCCAUUUAGCUGCCAUGGAUGCCAAUGGAUACUCAGAUCCUUUUGUUAAACUUUGGCUGAAACCUGACGUGGGGAAAAAGGCCAAGCAUAAGACACAGAUUAAAAGGAAGACAUUGAAUCCCGAAUUUAAUGAGGAGUUUUUCUAUGACAUAAAACACAGCGAUCUGGCCAAGAAAUCACUGGACAUAUCGGUCUGGGAUUAUGAUAUUGGCAAAUCUAACGAUUAUAUCGGCGGAUGUCAGCUGGGCAUCACCGCCAAGGGGGAGCGUUUGAAACACUGGUACGAGUGUCUGAAGAAUAAGGAUAAGAAAAUUGAACGCUGGCACACUUUACAAAACGAGAACCACAUUGCAAGUGAUUAAGGUCCCCAGCACAAGUCUCUCUGAAGUCCACACCCUCUGCCAAGUCACAGUAGAUUUCCAAUGUCUGUCUUCCGAAGCCUAUGCUACAUGUCUUGCCUACAUCUCCUUGGAUCCCAGGAACGUUAUGCUGCCCCGUCUCCUUGACGCCAGCAUCCUCUGUUCACCAUUCUCAUCCUAAAGAGCAACCUGGAUCUCGUGUGUUCAAAUCCAUUUCUGACAGUGCAUCAUUCUGAUGUAUGAUUUUGUCAAGCAAUAGUCACACACUGAGGAUUUUCAUUUGUCUUCAUUUCUCACCAGUCUAACCUGCAUCAUAAUAUUGUUUCCUAUUCUGUUUGUUGAAGGUGUUUGUUCGUGAGGUGGUGUUUUACUUGGGUGCUCAUUGUUCUGUCCUCAUUAACCCACGUGCGUUUAUUUUUCUCUCUGCACGUCUCUUUCCACUCCCCUCAUUUUUCUCUUGGCCAACUGAAAUACUUUUAACAUCAGUUCUGUCUAUUGGGAUGCACAGUCAUUAAACCUACCCUAUUACUGUUUUCAGCAUGUGAUGGGGGAGCAGUUUGAAAGUUGUCACAGCAUCAGACAGUUCAGUUCAUUUGAUAUCAAUACCUCAGUUGCAAUAAGCAAAAGGCUGUUUCUUCUGUGCUGGGUUUGGUUAUAAACAUAACUCAGUAACUGCAUUUCCACUGAUAUAAUCCGCAGAGCACUAGGUAUUUGGCUUCUUUUCCAAAGGGAACAUUUUUGCAGUGUACAGAGCUAGCAGACAGGGUGGUAAAUACUUCUGAGUUUUCACAGAAAGGACACUGAGUGUUAUGGCAUUUCAAUAAAUAACUGGAGAUAGAGAGCCACCUUCUGCAUGCUCAUUUUGGAAACACCAGAUCUGAGUUUUGAUUUGUUUCAGACACAAUUAAUUUUGGAACUAGGAACCUGCACAUGCUCUUACUCUAGGAAUCCUUCCUUGUCUUAGACUUGUGACCACCUCCCAUUCCACUCAAUAUGGCUACAUAACCUAGCAAAUAGCUGUAUUUUGGGGGCUGAAUUUGUUAAGCUCUCUUGAGACAGUGUUUUCUGUUUCAUAAUAAUUUCAUAGAUGUUCAUUUUACCACCUGCAGGUGGGAAAACAUUUCCUAAGGAGUUGAUGUGUUUAGGUAUUUGUUUUCCUUUUAAAAUACAGCACUUAAUGAAAUUAUCUGGGACAGUUAGUGGUCUUCCAACUUCAAUUUUCUGGUGGGUUUCCUUUUAUUAUUGCACAAAAGAAAGAUUUGCUUCAGUCUGUGCUUAAUUUCUUGUUUGUGGGUAUUUUAUUUCAUAUCAACUACAAGAGAGUCGACAAGCUCUUGAAUUGAUAUUGAUCUUUUUAAUACCAGUCUGAUCCAUCUGCUGUUUUGCACAACCUUCAAGCAUAGCAAUGUCAGGAUUAGUACAGUAAGUACUCCUGGAAUAUAUGGUCGCUCAGCUACAAACUUUGCAUGCUAAACAAAACCUAAAGACCUUGGUUCAGGCUCCUUGGUUCAUGACUCCUUUGCAGGCUGCUGCUCUCCUCUCUGCUACGGUGGUGGUGUUGCGUGGUGUAUUCUGAACUGAGCUGUACCUCAGUGUCCUUUAAUUUUCUAUGUUGAUGAGUUAUUUUCUUAUUCUUGGCUUUUUUCAGUGGAAUUUAAUAGUACUAGUCAUUUGCAAUGAACAUCUUUAUAAAGCUUUAACUUCACAGACAGAGGGGAAAAUCCAAUCCUCUCUCCAGCAUGAAGGUUUCAAUGGGCUGUCACUGUACUGUAUUCCUGUGAUGUGCUUUUACACAGAAGAAACUAUAGGCUAGUAAUCCUCCUGCCUGGAGUCCUUCGCUUUCUUCACCCGCCGUUUCUUUUAGAGCCUUGAGACCGUGGGGGCAGUCCCUGGAAGUGAAGGAAGUGCAUUGCUCAACUGAAUAACUUCACUCCUAGCGCAUCACCAGAUCGUGGGCCCUGCGCAUGUCUCCUAAGCUGCUGUUUUAGUUUGUGGAUUGUUUCUUGUCCUCUUGUGCAGUGUGAUUCUUUUACGCUCGUAGAACAUAGAUGUAUAGCAUUACAGGGAGUGCUGGCUCCUGUGGUCAUUUAAAUGUCAAUGUGAUAAAACUGAGAUGAAUUUUCUCCCUCCCUCCAAGGUGAAUAAAGUUCAAUAUUGUUUGCAUUGUUCUGAGUAAAACCAACAAAGGCUUUCUGCACCCUCAGACACCUGUCCACACAACACUACAGGACGCUGUUGCUCUGGGCCAAACCACAGCAGGGGCCUGUUGCACCAUCGAUUUGAUAAGGGAUCACAUCCAGACCUGGUGCAUGUCCCCUCCCCUCUUUCAACAGGCAGGUGGCAAUGCUAAUGUUUAUGGUGCCUUCUUUUGGUUCCCCUUUCCCCUCUGACUGCCCCUUCUCCCCUAGCUGUGAUUUCAGAGGGCCAGUCUUUUCUCUGCCUUACAGUGGGUGGGUCUGUGCUGCAGGCAUUUUAUGGUUCAUUCGGGUCAACCCAGAGUGUUGGAGUUGGGCCCAUGAUGUGAAGGUCACAUCCUGACCUUUCCCAAGGUUGAGGGACUCAGAGCUGGGUUUUAGGCUAAGGAACCUGCAUGCCUAUUCAGCCUUUCUUCUGUUUUCAAGAUGGUGCUGUUUGCCCCCUGAGGUGACUGGUGUAGUGAACAGGGCAUACAGGCUGGGCCCAACCUUUCUGAGCUGAAUCUGCCUGGAGGGUCCACUGAAAUGUAUAGGAGCCCUGCUAACUUCCUUUCCUCAGAUUUCUCUCUGGCACUGAACCAAAGGAAGCCAGGCCAUUCCCAGUGGGAAUGAAUCCUGUCCUCUUCUCAAUAAAAUCUACCACUCACGUCCAGGUGGAGCCGUGCCCAUACACAGACGUUGAGGCUUUGUCCUUUGACGUCAAUGAAAAGACUCCCAGCGACCUCACUGGGUAUCGAAUCGGCUGCCCUGUGUAUUUGGUAACAACCCCAUGGAAGUUCCUGGAUGCCACGUUCUCUGCCCGUGCUAGGCUCAGGAGACAGACAGCAGCCUGUCAGUUCCUGGCUGCAGGGUUUCUUCCCUGAUGUAGUGCAGGACUUCCCUUUGUCCAGUGUAAAAACAAACUACGGAUCAUAAUGCAAUGGCAGAGCAGCCUUCCAGCUGUGCGCCUUUCUGGCAGAAUGGACAGCCUGGCUGUUUCAGGCAGGCAAGGUUCGCUCUCCUGUUUUGCUGUGGGUAAUCACCUUGACCAGGCUCUGCAAUAUAUAGCAAAACAGAAGGGAUAACAUCUUGCUCCAGAGAAUCUCCUCAACAGUCCUUACAGGCUCUUUGUUCAUUCUGGAGAGCUCGGUUUUCAGGGCUUCUUGUUGAAGCCCCAGCUCUGCUGCCUGGAAACUUGUGCCUUGAGCCUAAAACCACUCAAACCACCUGCAAAGGUUCCUUCUGGAUAAGGGACCCAGCUUCUUGUAGACACCUGCAUCAGCCCCUUCGGGGAGGAGUGGAGGGUGGAAAGCCCUCCGGAACUUGGUAAUGGAGGAACCUGACUUUACUCUGGGGUUUACAGUUAAACUGCUGGACUGGUUUAAUGUGACCAAAAUGUCUCAGGCUAGAACAGUGCAAGGCUGAACCCUCCCUUGGGAGCAGACAGACUUCCACAGGAAAUUGUCCCACGGUCAUUAAAGCACGCACCUGAUGUCGGAGUGGCCAGUUAAAGGGAAGACCCCAGUGUAGAGAUUUGCAAGGCAGCAUAGGGAAAUGCUCACAGUCUUUCCCUAGAUGGGACACCUUUUGCAGAUGCGCUUCUGAUUGGACAAUCCAAAUGUCUGGGGAAUAUGAUCACAUUUCUAUCAGCCUCUUCUGCUUGACCAAGCAAUGAUGAUUAUUCAGGGCCCAUCAGCUCUGGUUUGAAGGGAUGGAGACAAGGGAAUUUUUCUCUACAUUGAUACAUUUAUUUUCAGCAUCUUAGAUACAAUGGCCCACACUGAGACACCCUUCCUAAUUCAUUUCAGAGCAAUUUGACUGGGGUGGGGGGUUCAGUACAGUAAUCUCUCCACCCUCUUCCUUUCCCGGGGUUAGACUCAUUCUUUGGUGUGCAUCUAUAUUGCUGCUUUCUCAACUCCUUUUGAACAUGCGAGGAGGGUUCAGAAGUCAAAGCUGCUCUAAGGACAGAGGAAUCCAGAAAGGCAGCCCCCGAUCUCCAGUGAAGUCUGGGUUGUGAAUGGCCGUUCGUUGCAAGUAACCGGAAUUCCGAGUAACUCCAAGCUGCUGCCGCUGUGAUACAGAAUAGAAACCCUGAAGUCUGAGAGCCUCUUUCAGCCAGUAGGACCAGUUAAAAGCAGAGGGCCUGAUUCUUUGCUGUUCUGUACCCUGUGUCCUCAUCUACACUGUGCUAAGAGGGCAUAAAACACUAAUCAUAGAUCAUAGAUUAUUAGUGUUGGAAGGGACCUCAGGAGAUCAUCUAGUCCAACCCCCUGCUCAAAACUGUUUGUGUACCUGCUGCCGAGGCAUUUUUCACCAGUGUGACUGCCACAACACAGUACAAGGUAACACAGACUCAGGACUAGGACAUGAGUCGUUGCUCUGGGACACUAAAACAGAUUUAGAAAUGUGUGAGAUCUCUGAAAUCGUUAACGCCAGCUCUCUUAAAAGCACGUUCUGCAGAGGAGCUCUUGAGAUCAGAGUUCCUGCAAAGCCCUGAAACAUUUCUCUCCAAAUAUUAACCUAGUUCCCAUUGAGAUGUAUUGAUUUUUCUCUAUAGUUGGGUGAAGAAAUUCUGCCCAGUAUUUUCUAGGCCCUGUGUCAGGAAAGCACUGAAGCACUUUCUUAAAUCCACUCUCUUCAACUUUAAGCAUGUGCUUAAAAUUAGGCUCGUGCUUAGGAGCUUUCCUGAAUGAGACCCUAGUGCCCUCCCAGCUCUGAUGUUGUGUCCCUCAUUGAGAGAGGUUGUAUCUCCCUGAGGCUUAAGCCCUGUUUCCAUAGUAAUACGUAAGGUCAGCUUAUCUGGUCAUUCAGAAUACCUGAUCCUUGAGGCAAUUGCAUCCCACCGGGUCAUGGCUGCAGAUUCUCCAGUCCCUGUUUCUUUAUGGCCAGCCCUGGCUGCAUUGUCUCCCUUGCUAGAAUAGUCUUUUUUUUUUUUUUUUUUUUUUUUUUUUAGAUUAGGGUCAUCAGGGCAGUUCACCGUACUCACUUGUGGUCUCGCUUACCCAUUAUGCACAUUUAGCUUAAUUUCUUUGCCAUUUGAGUUCAGUACCUCUGUGCCUCUCUGCAGUGUUGCUGCUAAGUAACCUGAAGAUAUUCUCUUUAUCCCCUGCUACCUGUAGAUCUAUGCUUCUCAGACUCUUUUUAAAUUAAGGACAUAUUUCUGUUUCAUGUCCUUGGUUCCUAGCCUCAUUAUCUUGCAUUUCUCUGCACAGAAUUCCAUAAAGUGCUAACUGUUCUCUGCCCCUAGACUCCUGAAGUCAAGUGAGAUGUUAUUGGCUUUGUCCUGUCGACGGACUGCUGCUGCUUUUGGCUCUGCCUUGCUAACUUUUGUAUCACCGGCAAACGUUACCAUCUCAUUAUCCUCUGCAAGGCUGUUCUCUUAGGCCAUUGAGACGUAAAGUGAACAAACUGAUGCAAACCCUUGCACUGAUCCUUUUAACUUCCCGUGGCCGGUGAAGGCUGCUCCUUCUUUCCAUCCCAUAUUUUUUUCCACAGCUGAGUGUCUUCUAUAUUUUAUAUUCAUUAAUUUCUUCACUCAAGAAACUUAGAGGGAUAUUCACAAGGGCAGUUAGGUGCCCCCUGAAAGUUUAAUGGUGGUUGUGUACUUUGAAAAUGUCCUUCCAUCCUUCCUUCGUGUAUUGCACUUCUCAGCAAUGUAUAGAGUCCAAAUAAAUUAUGUCCAUAGUAGCUGAUCUACACUGAGAAUCCAAACUAAAAUUGUCAAUUCUACCUGUUUUUGCUUUUCUGGUCUAUUUCUGCUUUCCCUCCCCCAUUUUCAGUACCUUUCCUAGUGGUAAAUUUGAGCAUACAUGUCUAAAGUGCUCUCAGUCUUUUCUUAAAUCUAAAAUCUAAAUCUUUUUUGCCAAAUCUAUCAUUCCCUCCCUAUUUUCCAGAGGUUUUAUAUAAAUUUGCCUUUUUAUGCUAAGUAUAUAAAAAGUGGUUUGCAAACAAAGCUUAAUUUUCAAAGUUGGAUGCUUAUUAUGGGGCAUUAAUUUGAGUACCUCCCUUGUCAUAGGUAUCCAAACAAUCUGCAUUAGACUCUACCAAUUCAGAACUGACCACCUUCGAUGCUGAGUGAGGAAAUUGGGUUCACAAUAUUUAUAGGUCUAGCAGUGUCCUAUGCUGUAAAGUUCUAUUAUAGAAUUGACAUAAUAAUUUAGCUAAUCCUGAUGUGUUAAGGAGCAAAGUUUGGAUGGAGAUGUUAAUUCUUGGGGACCCCUUCCCCCCCCCAAAAA